GAAAGGAAGCAGCCUGUCCAUUGCUGUUACACAAUCCAAUUAGCUCGGAGUGUCACAGAUAAGAACCCUGGACCAGAUCAGACGGGGGCUUUUAGUGACCAGUUGUGCAUCGUUAGUUGGCCGGCAAACCGUUUGGAUCCUCUUCAGCACAGGUUCCAAUAAUCAAGGAUUAUACAAGGGAUCCACGAGGUAACAGUACUGCUUUAAUAAGCUGGGAUGGUGUUGACUGUAUACUUGUUGGCACUUAUCUUCAUCCGGACAGGAAAGGCUGCGAAAUUUGUUGUUCCACCAUGUGACCGGGACAUGUUUGAUAGCGGUGUUGACAAGUGCCUGUCAGACUUCAACAGGAGCAUGGAGACCAGUGGCUACCAGGACCGGUGCCCGUGGCCAACAGGAAAACACGUCUACAACCAACUCAAGAGUUGCGUGGAUGAUUUCACAAUCAGGUCGUGGUGUCGGGGGCACGGAUUUCUGGUAGACACCAUCUUCUUGGAGGUUCAUAAGGUAUACUUUAAGCUGUGUGGACAGGUGCACGACCCCCCGCUCACCACUCUGAUCAUGUUAAUAGCCCCUGGUAUCAUUGCCACCCUCUUCCUGCCAGUUCUCUGCGUAAAUCUCACCACCUUGAAGACUGAGAUGCCCGGCACUUUGGGGCUCUGAUGUGCUGAGCUGACAUCAUUUCUAUUUUGUUAUUCUCAGAAUUGUGGCCAUUCUCCCUGGGGCUCAACAAUUUGGGGAUUUUUUUUUCUUCCUGCCGGAUAUUGUGAUUUUUGUUUGUUUUUAAAGCUAUACAGCACUUUCAACAAUCAUGUUAAAUAAAUUAAUACGAAUAAAUGAAAGAUCCACUGAUAAUAGGACAUAUCUGGAAUCAAUUCGUGAUAUGGAACAUUAUUCCAGCAUUUAUCUUAUGAAAAAACAGUAAAUA